AUCACACCAGUGGUGUAAGUUUUUGUUGGUGGGAGGCACGCACGUAACUUGAGUGUGCGUUGUGUGUGCGCAGGGUGCGUGCCCCCCACCACCAUUGGGAUUAUUUUGAUGCUGGCGGCCAAAAACUUUAUACGGUAUCAUCACAGCUCUGACAAGCAGUAGGAUUUUUUAACACAAGAUAUAUGCAAAAUUUAAUCAAAAUCAGAUAAAGGGUGGAUAACACUUGCUAUAUUUUUAUUUCGUUUGUAUAAUAUUUCUAUCAAUUAUAUACCCGAUUAUAUAUCUUUAUUUUUAAUUGUGUAAGAGGAAUAAAGAUUAUAUUUUCGUUGGUCAUGGAACUAGAUAAUAAUGUUGCCAGUGCAGAGUUGUCUAACCAGAAGAACAGAGCCAUGCUGUUGGAAAAAAUUGCUAUAUUGAAAACAUAUGUCUCUUUGCUGGAAGGCAUAACCGAAGCUCCUAAGUCCAGACAAUCACAAUUGACAGAAAUACAAUCAAAUUUGUUGUGCAACAGUGGCGUCAUAAUUGAUAAUAUAUCAGAUGUACAGUCACAUCAAAAUUGCAGCACGGAACUUUAUCAUGAUAUUUCCCAGAUCACAGAAAUGCCAUGCGUAAAAAUUGAAAAAAAUAUGAAAUUUUUCUUUGAAAUUGAUAAUGUUAAAAAUAUUUCAAAGAAAGAUCAAUACGAAAUAGAGAUAUUAAUAGAUGACAAUGGUCAUGGAAAAUUAGGAAAAUGUUUACUACCUGAUUUUAUUGAUGUACAUAACAUAUUAUCGCGGCAUCCUAUCGACGAUUUGAAUAACGUAAAACACUUUUUGAAGAGCUGUAAGCACCGUAUCGACUGCUACUAUUCCCGUUUAAAACAGAUUGAUGAGUUAGAGAGAUUAUUUCAGAAAGUUGAAAACGCUGACAUAUCUUACAAUUAUGAUAUUACUUUGAUUGAAAUAACAAUGAUUGGAGUAAAAGAUAUGGAUACCACAAAAUUAUAUGACGUUACACUUUACUUGUACUAUAAUCUUGACGAAACGAGACCUUACAAACUGUCAUCAACUGUAGAUGAUUUUGAAGUAUUGCUGCCAGCUUUAAUUAGAAAAUUUAAUUGGUACUUUGAACCUUUCUUGAAGAUGGACUUGACGUCAGCAUUGCUGCGGAUCAGUGAAUUCCGAAACAAAUUUGUUUGGGAGAUACUUAUGGAGGAGGAUGAGGAUGACAUAGAGAUCUUCUACAAAGAUGAAAUGAUACACUAUCUUUAUCGAGGUGAUAAAGUAAUAAGGAGCAAUGAAAGUGAGACACACACACAAAACGAAAGUAAAGAGGAUGGAAGUGAGAAGAAAGAGUUGAAUCAAAACGAAAUGGAAAUUUAGUGUCAAAGAAGUAAAGUGUAAAGAUAUAAUUACUUAUGUCGUACAAGACAUAAUUUAAGUUUAUACAAAUAUAACUAGUUUAUAAAGACAAGCAAAAUCAUGUAAUUGACAAAUAAAGAAUAAUCUUAAAAUAAUGAAAGAAAUAAAUAAACGUGAAAAUAA